AUGGCCGACGAAGACCUACCAAAUUUUGAUGCCAACUUGGACUCCAUGGACGACACCAAUCCAAGCAAAGAGCAUACUGAAGAAGAAGCAACAGAUUGCGAAAUGAUCAUAUUACCCGAUGGAACGAAACGGUGGUUACCCACCUGCAAAAGUGAAUGCACCCGGUACGAAGGGCAACAGUUUGCAACAUUAGAAGACGGACUAGCCUUCUACCGGGCAUACGCAAUUACUGUCGGUUUUGAUAUCAGAAAAGGAACGAUGCGCAUGAAUAGGGAAGGGAAAGUUCACAUAAAAUACAUGUUAUGCUCACGGGAAGGAUUCAAGCCCCCCAAGAAGGGCAGUAACACAGUCAACGAUAUGGUAAACCCCACACAACCAAAGAAAAGAAAGCGGGUGUCAAAAAGAGUUGGUUGUAAGGCCCGAAUUGUGAUAACAAGGUGUAAGACCGGCAAUUAUACGGUCCAUGCAGUGGAGUUAUGGCACACACACUGUCUAUGCUCAGACAUUGGGAGACCCUUCUUGAAAAUAAAUAGGAAGCUGGAUAUUGGACACAAAAUAUUCCUAGCAAACUAUGCAAGGGCAAACAUUGGUACUACCAAAUCUUGGACACUAUACAAAGAAAUGGUGGGAAGUUUUAAUGAUAUAGGGGCAACAUCCACGAAUUUCUGCAACUUCAGAAGGGAUUUGUUGGCGUAUAUUGCUGGAGCAGAUGCACAAAUGGUGGUAGAAGACAUGUACAAAAAUAAAGAGGCCAACCCAGACUUCUACUUCGAUUUUGAUCUAAACGAAGAUAGACAACUAUGCAGGUUGUUUUGGGCUGACGCAAUAUCACGGAAGAAUUUUGCAUGUUUUGGCGACGUGAUGUCAUUCGACGCUACGUACAGCAUGAACAGAUACAAGCUUGUAUUAGUACCGUUCACAGGAGUAGACAACCAUAAACGAAGCAUCACAUUUGGGGCGAGCCUCAUUGCAAGAGAAGAAGUGGAGUCGUAUGAGUGGUUAUUAAAAAGCUUCAAAACCGCGAUGGGGUAUACACCAAGAUGUACUAUUACGGAUCAAGAUCCAGCACUAAAGGUCGCAAUACCCAACAUUAUGCCAGAAACGAGACACCGGUUCUGUAUGUGGCACAUCAUGUCAAAAGUCGGGGACAAGGCAGGACCUGCACUGGCAAAGAACGUCGAGUUUAAAAAGGCCCUAAACAAUGCAAUAUGGGAUGAAACCUUAAGUGCCACCGAAUUUGAAUUGAAAUGGGCAAAGGUAAUGCAAGAUUACAACCUUGUUGAGCACAGGUGGUUUAACCAAUUGUACGAGGCACAUGCAUCGUGGAUACCUGCAUAUUUCCAAGAUAUACUCAUGGGAGGACUACUAAAAACAACAUCACGUUCAGAAUCGGAGAACAGUUAUUUCGGAAAAUUCACAAAUCACCACUGCAGCCUAGUCGAGUUAUAA